AUGGGCGGCACCCCCCUCCCCACCUACCCCGACACUUAUAUUCGACGCCGUCUUACACUAGACUACCAGCUACGGGAAUUGGACGAGCGCGCCCUUGCCGCUGCCCGGUGCUUGUCGAGACGCUUUGAGGCCAUCGCGACGCCCGUCACAUACCGUACUCUGUGCCUCAACGAGCGCAUCGUCGCCCCAGAUGCCGAAUCGCGGUAUCCCAAUCUCCUCCGCAAUGUGUCUACCUACACCAACCAUGUCAUUGCACGAAGCGAUCUUAACCCUGACGGCAUUCGACGUGUGAUAGACAGGAUUCAACGCCUGAGGACUGUGCGGUGGCAUUACGUCGACGCCGAAUUCAGACCGGGUCGCCUCUGGCUUCCUUCGGAUGUGCUCAACUCCCAGCAAACACGAUUCAAUGGUACCAAGCUAUUCGUCGAAGACCUGCCGCUCCGAGAAUUUGAGGGGCAGCUGCGAGACACCUACGUCCGAGCCAUUCCCACAGACCUCCUCGUGUCCCUCAAGCUUGCUAGCCCAGCUCCGCCGCUUACCACGCGACUGAACUCUCUCAAACAGCUUCUUCUGCUGUCCCGGCGCCUCGAGACAUUCCACUACGAGGAUCGGGGGCAAGGAACGAGUUUCAAGUUCACAGAGGGGGAGCGUAUGCCGCCGCUGAAGGACCUGGCCCUCAAGUCUUACGACUGGAACCACUCCAAGGAGGACACCCAAGCAUACUGGGACUUCUCCCAACUCGAGUCGCUAGACUUGAUUUCGGUGCCCGUCUUUAAUUUCCUGUCAGCAGUCGACUUUCCUCAUCUCGCGGGACUACGACGGCUGCACUGCGAAGACUUCAGUGCUCAUCUUGUCGACAAGCGACAAGAAGCCACAGGCGGCCUAUAUUUGCUGGUGGCCAACCACAUCCGAGCCCUGCAGACACUGAGCGUGACUUGCCAUAUUCAGCUGUUCCCUCUGGAUGGCAUCCUCAAGCAUGGCGCUUCCCUGCAGGUACUCAGAUUUCGCGACCAUAUGGGAUUCGGAGAAGAGGAUCGACGUUGCCCAACGCUCUGGGCCGAGGACCUCGCAAUUUUGGCACAAGGCCUACCAUACGUGCACACGCUCGAGGUAGACAUGGACGUGGCUCUGUGCGAUCCGCCCGAGUUUUUGCGCGCUAUCUGCAACUUUGGUAGCCUGCAAACACUCACGCUCCACGUUCAGACCGUCCUUCAUCCACUCGAAGUAGUCCACCCGGGGAUGGAUCGCGACUAUGACGCGGCUCUGCGCACUUUCCAGUUCCUACUGCGUGAGAAGCAGCUAGCGGCGCCUGAUGUCCCGUGGAAGAAGAUCACCAUCAACGUGGGUGGUUGGCGAAAGGUGAUGGUUCGCCGUUUCAGCGCUGCCUGGCGUCGUCAAAACGAAAACGGCGUCUACGCUGAACGAUGCUUCGUGCUGGGAAGGAACGAGCAUGGGCAGAUGGCCUACCAUGAGGAAAUGAGCGUUGAAGGGCGCUCAUCCACACCAACACCCGAUCCACCGACGCCGAACUUGGAGGCGGAUUACGAGUAG